CUGACUUCAGGUUUUGGAGGACAACCAGCCACGAUGAUGCUCGCUGCCAACCUUGUUGUUGUUGUUGUUUUGGCUGCAGCCUUGUGCUGUUGCUGCACUGCUACUGCUACAACUGCUCUCGUUGCUGAUGUUGCUGUGCCGGCGAGGAGCAGCAACAACAACAACAACAGCAACCACAACAUCACGUUUGAUGUCAAGUUCCACCAGCGCAUGAUGAACUACACGUGGUCCAGUUUCUGUGAUCCCGCAGUGAUCAUGAACAACACCUGCGCCUUCUGCAGCGACCCAGACUUUCAUGCCGUUGGAACGCUGCAUGACAGCGUGACUGAGGCUUACGGCUAUGUUGGAUACAAUGCAAAGCAAGGCUGGAUCAUCUUGGGCUUUCGGGGCUCGUCAAACCUCGACAACUGGCUGGCAGACUUUGAUUUCAUCAAGGUAAAGUACAAUGACACGGAUGCCAAGGUGCACGCUGGUUUCUUUGCAGCGUGGUCGGGGGUGCGCGCUGCGGCUACAGGCCAUGUCGCCAACAUCCUCGCCAGCAAGUGCCCGCACUGCUCCAGGAUCAUCACUACUGGCCAUUCCCUUGGUUCAGCCAUCUCAGGCCUGGCGAGCCUUGACCUUGCGCUUGAGUACGGAAACAACAGCAAGGUUGCCGUGGAGAUGCACAACUUUGGCAUGCCGCGCGUGGGGGACGCCGCCUUUGCGUCCAUCUUCAAGCGCGCGGUGCCAUACUCCACACGCGUCGUGCACCGCAACGACAUUGUGCCACACCUGCCGCUGCAGGGCAUGGGGUUCCACCACGUGGCCACGGAGGUGUGGGACCAAAGCCCACAGACAGAGUCGCCGCCAAAUGCACAGACGUACAAGGUGUGCGAUGGCAGCGGGGAGGAUCCCACCUGCAGCGACAGUGUGCCCAUCUUGGAGUGGCACCCCAAGGACCACGACUACUACAUGGGCACAACGAACCACUACUGUCACUACGAUCACUGAGCGUGCACUACCAUACCCACAGGCAACGGGAACUUUUGUCAGCUUUGGGCCCCCACCCUGCUGCGUUCAUCACCCUGUCACAAAACACCUGUCAUGUUCUGUUACGUCACAUCCAUGUUGUCACUUGACCUGCUUGGCUUUGUCACCAGCAUUACUCAGUCCAGUUACGCUCAGUUCAGCUCGCUUUCGCCUCGUUCAUCCAUCCCUUCGCUUUCCGUGCUCUGUGAUGUGGUUGUGUUACAUUACAUUACAUUACAACAGUCAUUUCAG